UCACCUAAUUUAUAAAUGCGCCAACAAAAGAAAAUUGCAAGAAAAACAUUUCACGAAAGACAAAAACAAAAAUUCAGAUUAACAAGAGAAAAGAAAAAAAUAAUAAAAAAGGAGAAAGGAAUUUUUUUUCUUAAUUUUUUCCACAGAAAUUUAUCGCAACGAGAAUAGUUUGUAGAAUUUAUUGUACAAAAAACGUGUUUAUUUAAGUCGAAUGUAAAGAUGUCGGAUAUUUUAACAGAAGAUACCACAAACGAUGGCAUAGUUAUUAAAGCGCCAGUUGAGCACCCUCGCAUAAGAAUCAAUAGAUGGCGGGUAAGGGAAGGCUUUCCGGUAAGCGCUUCACAAGUCAUUUUACUCUAUGAAGCAUUGCCAAUCGAGGGUGUUGAAGAUGCCAGCGCAAAAAUAGCCAGUAAAAUCAUACACAAGUUAAAGGCACAGCGAGUUGGUGUUGUAAAAAAACGUCUCUUCAAGGAUGGAGCCAUUGUUCAAGCAGAUACUCCCCUUUUGGAACUCUCUGAAUGUAUCCAUACAACGGUCAUUAAAGACAUGUGCGCUGAUUGUGGUGCAGAUUUGCGCCAAAAUGAAAAUGGCAACACUUCAGAGGCAUCCGUACCUAUGGUACAUACUAUACCCGAUCUUAAAGUCACACAGAAAUUAGCACAAAAACUUGGUCACGAUGACACGCGUCGUUUGUUACAAGAUCGUAAAUUGGUUUUAUUGGUAGAUUUAGAUCAAACGGUUAUACAUACCACUAAUGAUAAUGUGCCCAAUAACAUUAAAGGUAUUUAUCAUUUUCAAUUAUAUGGUCCCACAUCACCGUGGUAUCAUACACGUUUAAGACCUGGUACACCGGAAUUUCUGGAACGUAUGUCCCGGUUUUAUGAACUACACAUUUGUACAUUCGGUGCCCGCAACUAUGCACAUAUGAUUGCACAAUUGCUGGAUCCGGAGGGAAAAUUCUUUUCACAUCGCAUCUUGUCGAGAGAUGAAUGUUUUAAUGCCACCAGCAAAACGGACAACUUAAAGGCUCUUUUCCCCAAUGGCGAUUCUAUGGUGUGUAUCAUUGAUGAUCGCGAAGAUGUUUGGAAUAUGGCGUCAAAUUUGAUACAGGUUAAACCGUAUCACUUUUUCCAACACACAGGCGAUAUAAAUGCUCCUCCAGGUUGUUCUAAACAUGAAUUAGAUGGUGAAGGUGUUGAUUUUAAAGAUUUAGAGCAACUAAACUCUGAUGACAAGGAAAAAUCUACUAAAAAACCGGAGAAUGAGAAUGAAGAGGAAAAUCCGAAAUCAGAUUCAACCAUACCGGAAAAUACAGAAAACCAAGACAAUGAAUCUAUAGAGAAAUUAGUAGAUAUUACAGACGAAGUUAAAGAAAUUAUAAUACAGGAUGAGGAAACUCUAGUUAAAGAGUCUUCUAAAGAUGUCAGUGUAAGUCAAGAAGAAAACAAUAAAGCAGAAACUAUUUUAGAAGUUAAUAAGCUAGAUAACACUGAAAAUGCUAAAGAAGAAGAAGAAGAAGGAACCAACAAAGAACCCAUAAAUGAGGCAGAGGUUAAGGAGUCUGAUGAAAAAGACAAACCGGCCGAAAUAGCAAGCAAAAAUAUUCCCAAAAUUAAACUUUCCAAUGAUACAGACGAAAACAAAAUUGAAAUAGUCGAUCCAGACGAUUAUUUGUUGUAUUUAGAGGUUAUAUUAGAAAAUAUACACUCGCGAUUCUAUGCCAUUUACGAUGAGACCCAGGAUAUACCCGAUUUAAAGAUAAUUGUUCCAAAAAUACGCUCCGAGGUCUUACGAGGCUGUAAUUUGGUAUUUUCUGGUCUUGUGCCCACCAACAUGAAAUUACAACAGUCUCGAGCCUAUUUCAUAGCCAAGAGUCUGGGUGCCGAGGUAUCGCAAAAUAUCAUCGAAACCACCACACAUUUGGUGGCAGUUACGGCGGGUACUUUUAAGGUAAAUGCCGCCAAAAAAAAUCCUAAUAUAAAAAUUGUCAAUACAAAUUGGUUGUGGGGUUGUGCCGAACGUUGGGAACAUGUCGACGAAAGACUUUUUCCUUUAGAUCGUAAAAUGAAGAGUAAUAAACGUCAGCCACCGGCUCAUUGUCACAGUCCGGAACAUGUCAUAAAUUACAGUGAGAAAUCGGAAAUUUCGUCAUCCAGUAUGGCACAACAAAAUGCCGCAGAAUCGUCAAAGUUUAUUGAUACCAUUAAUCCGUUGCUGUCCUUUUCCAAUGCCGAUUUGGCCGAUAUGAAUAAGGAGUUUGAUCAGUUUUUCGAUUCCGACACCUCUUCAGAAGAUGAAAAUGUUGAUAUUGAAAAUCCUCCCGUGGAUAAGAUUUUAAAGAAACGUAAACGUGAAGAAAACGAAGAAGAAAGAGCGCGCAAAUUUUUCACUCGUUCCACAGAUGUUUCGGUCCUGAGUGCCACUGAGCCGGUUGCUGAAGAUGAUAAAUCUUCAAGUGAAGAGAAUAAAGACGACGAGGAAGAUGAAAUGCCAAGUGAAAAAUUCCGAAGAGGUGGCAACUUACCUUCUGAUUUAGAAAUGGGUUCCGAUUCUAAUGACGACAGUGAUAACAAUAAUCCAGACGAAGAAGACGAUGGCGAUUGGAAUAUGAUGGGUGCUGCACUGGAAAGGGAAUUUUUAGGACUUGAAGAUUAAAAAGUUUUUACAAAUUUAAAUAUUUUAUGGACACUCUUUGUUGGCUUAUUAUAAUUAUUAUCCAGAAAGAAAUAGUUUUACAUAAAGUUAACAAAGCGUUUUAAUUAUACUAAAAAUGUAUAAAUGAAAUUGUAAUUUUUUAAAAGGUUUUCUCUUAUAUUUUUUAUAUUAAUUUAUAUAUGUAUGCAGUGUGUUUAUAAUAACAAUUUGUUUUUGAUUAACAUAUUGUAAAUGUACUAUAUUUACAAUGAACUGUAAAUGUAUAUUAAAAUUUUUGAAUUAAAAGAAAAAUAUUAAUGUAGAAAGUUUAACUUUAUUAUUAUAAUGCUUAAAAAUAUACAAAUUUGUUUAAGAUUUUAAUGAUUAAGAGAAAACGAGAAUAAAAUAAUAAAAAAAGAAGAAAAGACAAAA